UUUAUUUUUUCAAUGAAAAAGCCUCAAUUUUAUUGAUUUUUCCUAAUUUUCAAGGCAAUAUGGAUCGAGAUUUGCUGGAUAUUAAUGGAUUAUCGAAAAGUUUCCAGAAAAAUUCAGUGAUAAUCUCUCAUGCCGGUGUAGAUCAGUCGUUUUCUGUCUAUCAGCAUGCGUUGGUAUCUUAUUUUUCAAGAAAUUCGCUGGUUUGGAAGAUAAACAACAAACCCUUCCCGCACCGGCUGACAUUUCCACUGAAAUUCGUGUCUUACGAGGAUAAACUGUGCUUUGGACCGCAAAUUUCACCGACCGAGAUCACGAAAAUCGCGUUUUUACACGUUUUUAACAUAAAUGUCACCUCCGCCGACGAUUAUCGCGCAAAUGUCCGGCAUAAUGUGUCGGAUUGGUUCGCAAAAUUAAACUCAAAAUCCGACGUUCAAUGGAUCAUAGUGAUAAAUACGAAUAGAGCCAAGGACAGGAAGACGAAAAAUUCGAUUGUCGAGAAAAUUAAAUCGGAUUUCGCGAAAUAUCCUAAUCGGCUAUUCGAUCUACCCGAUACUAGUGAUCAGGCGGCUUUUGUCACAGUUGUACAGGGAAUUCAGCAAUUUUUAUUCCAACAUUUGACGUUGGUCAUGGAGAUUUGGGAUAAAUCGCUGAAAAAUCAAUAUGAACGCAAAAAACAGCACACUUGGGAGCCGUUUGCUUAUUUUUCAUCGAUGACAGAAUACGCUCGCCUCUAUUGGAGUUUUGGAGCAAUUGAAUACGCAAUGUCAAUAUUCGAUGAUCUCGAAAAGUUGCUCCACGAGUUUGUGCUCCGUUCCGGAGAGCCUGAAUCUCCGAAAUGGCUCGCCCAACUGCUCAACACAAAAAUCGACGAUCGUCCCACGUUGAUUUCCGGCGGCUUCUCAGUGCAACGAAUCUCGAAAUCAGAAGCUCAUUAUCUUGGAAUGAGGAAUUAUUUGUUGUGUCAACAAAUCAUUAUGUCCAUUCAUUUGUAUCAACAAAAAAUGAAAUCAAAUGAUGCGGCGCCAAGUUUGAGAUCAGAUUGUGCUGUUGGAAUUAUGCAGAGAGCUUUAAUUACUAUUGAAGCUGUCAAAGAAUUUAAUAAUUUGAUGAAUAACAAGCGAGACAUUCCAUUAACAUGCUGUUGGACGUGGUGGACCGUCAGUGAAUCUCUAUCAAUAUGUCAAUUACUAUGUGAUGUAUCGCAUUUAAACGUCGCCCCUGUCAUUCUUUCACGACUACAUCUCGCCAGAUUCGAUGCAUUAUUUGUGCUGGCAAAACAGUUGAAAUUGAAUCCAGAAGACUCUGAAACACUUGGAAAAUGGCUGUUGAGUAUUAAGCCGAUUUCACUGGAAUCAAAGGUUUUGAGCUCGGCGAUCAAAUCGAAUGAACAAAUGUGCACGGAAAUGGAAAAGGUGCACGAUGUGUGUGUUGGCUCAUUGAAUCACGCAAAUCGACAUCGUUUUGUAUGGAAUAUCACUUAUAAACUAUUCAACUAUUUGAGAAGCUCAAACUCCAAGUGCCCCCUACAAAAGCUCUCAAUAAAUCGUCAAAUGCUCAAAACUCUACCAAUUCAAGCAUCAACGGCUCAAAUGCUCAAAUCUCUGUGCUCAGAGCUCUUGGAAUCAGAUUCUACAACAGAUGAAAUGCUCACACUGAUAUUCUUCAUUGUACAGUGUGAAAAUGGAAAAGAUGAGAAAAUUGUCGAAAAUUUGAUGGAAAAAAUGAGAAAACGAGCCGAAAUCGAUGGGAAAUUAGUGGACCUCCAAUCAAUUUCCCUCGCCGAAAUCGACCUUUUCAAUGUACAAAUCGACAAUUUCGAAGCUGUUCAAACUACGGAUUCCAUCCUUGAAAUACGUGCACUCAUCGACUCAAAAAUUGGUUUUUCACUUGAAAAUGCGAAAAUCGAGCUGAUUUUCUCCGGAGCAACGACAAGUUCGAUUGCUCAGCAAGCAAAUUUAUCAGUGCUCUCGUUGCAGCAUGAGAAAAAAGAGAAUAUUUGCCGUCUCGUAUCGGAAUUCAAGCUCAAAUCCCAACAAUCCGCACAGCCAAUCGAUGAAAAUGGCCCGUUAAGCUUGAAAAUUGCAUUGAAUGCUCAAAACCUUGCUCCUGGAAAUAAUCAACUGGAAUUUCGAACAGAUAUCUCGAAAAUCGGAUGCUUUGUUCUCGAAAAAUGCACAAUUUCGACGGAAUCCUUCAAAUUUGCCACUUGUGAUGUGUUGGCUCGGCGUCCGCCGGCUCUUUACUGUAUUUCAACACCACACUCGGUUACUGUAAUUAAUGAUUCACAACAUUUCUACGCCGGAGUAAUGCAAAAUCUGGAAAUCGAAGUCGAAGCAAGAUGUGAUAUUCCACGUGAAACGCUACUGACAGUUGAGCCAAGUUCUCCGAAUUUUCAAUUUUUAAAUGAAUCGUUCGUAUGGGCGAAUAAUCUUCAAAUCACACUUCAACCAUUCGAUUCGAUGGAAAAACGACGAUUGCAUGUGAAAGUUUGGCUCAAAAUUGAUUCGACUAUUUGUGAAUCGGCCGCUGUUCAGAAAAGAUCGAUUCUCGUAAAAUGGAUGGAUCGUCGCUACAAUCUAUCGCUGCAAUUCGUGCCGGUGAUGGUGAUCAACAGUAAAACGUCAAUGUUAACUACGGACAUCCUCCUGGAAGUUGAACUGAAUCGAGCCGCCGGACCAAACAUCACAACUGUCAUCGAAUCUGCUUCACUGACCACAGACCCUCUUCACGCGGACUCCAAAUUCUCAGAAUCGCUAACAGCAACUCCGCUGAGCCAAUUCCCCAUCGAAGGAGAUCUCCUAUCAAUUGCCAAUUUGAUUUGGAAGCUUCCAACAAAAGGAUCCCUCGUCAAGCAUCGUCUCCACCUGGACUACACUGUAAAACAACAGGAUCCCCCGUUGAAGUACACAUUUGAUGACAUCGUUGAGCUCACCGUGCCCGAUGUUCAAUUCGAAAUUUGCACACAAGUACUGUCACAACAGCCGGGUGCCCAACUGUGUCGGGCGACGUCGCCGUGCCAUUUUGUCAUUUCUAUACGGUUUUUGAAGGAAAUGUCGUGUUCAUUACUAGUUGUGUUGGAUGCUGAUGAUCGGAUGUGGACACUGGUGGAGAGAACUAAAAUGGUAACGAUAAAAGACAGUGGCCUGGGACAACUAGCGCUCACCAUAAUACCAGUAGUCGCCGGUUAUUUACCAUUUCCGAAUGUGUCGAUUUACGAGUGUCAACUCGUGUCCGAAGCCGUAAUCCCGGGAAACGACAUCCUAUUCUUCAAUCGCAGUGCCGGAAAGCAAAUUCGUGUCCUAUCGCCGAAUAAUUCCGAUAAUAACAAUUUUGGAAAACAAGACGUUGUGAGAGGAUCGAAUCGAAUUAAGAAAACUAUUGAGAAGCUUUUUGAUUAAAUUUUUUUUUUUUUGAUAUGAAUGUACAAAUUUAUUUAAUUUUUAAGGGUUUUUUUGGUGAUAAUUUGUGAUUUUUCUUACGACAUAAUUAUAUUGGUGCUUGUGAAUGUAUAUAUAUGAAUAGAAUUCUAUGCAAUUUUACAAUUUUUUUUUGCCUAAUUUCUGAUUUUCCAAUCGUUUUGAUAACGAAUAUGUAUUUUACUUUUUUUUUUCUAAAAUUUUGUUUUCAAUUUUUUUUAAAGAAAAACAUACAAUUUUAGACACUUUAUAUAAAAAAAAUUACAAUUU